AAUGUAUCUAAGUGCCUACUUCUUAUUUAUCUUCAGACAGUGUUGUUUAUAAAAUAUGUACAAGCUGAAAGUAUCUACUGCAUAACAAGCUAUGGGAGGGAACCAUUCAAACCACGAGAUGGUUCGCUACCAUUUCUUGUGUAUUUUCCCUCUCGAUACAGAGGAUUAUGCGUGGGCACACUUGUAUCACGGACUGCUGUCCUGACUGCGGCAGUCUGCGUGACAAACCCGAGCACAGUUACUCUGGAUACUAGACCCAUCAAUGUGGUCACAGCAGCUACGUACCGCCACCCACGGAGAGGAAUCAGAGUGCAGGUUACAAAAAUCCUUAUACCAAAACUUACCAACGUAACUGGAAACAGAGGCUAUCUAAUGCAGAAAUCAGUUGCGAUCUUAUUAUUGAAACACAAAGUGCCUGAUGUGUUAGCUGAAAUUCCUCUCCGGCCUUUGGACAUUGAUUACAAGGGAGAGGUAGUACCAACUCUUCAAGAGGAAUGCAUUAUGCCCGGAUGGCAUUUCUUUUACAGAGGGGAUAAAAUUUAUCCGAUCCAUAGAUUUUUGCUACAGAGAAAUGUGCGAGCGCAGUUUUUAAAUAUAGUCAAAAAGAAUGUAUGGUGCGAAGCAUUAUCUAUCAAGUUUCAGAAUGCGCUCAGUAACAUUGGUUUCUUCGGCUUCCUCGACAAGGGAGGGAGCAUUUGCGUUAGAGAUCCCGACAGGAUAGCUCAGCCAUGUCAUGGAAUGUAUGGAGCACCGCUGAUAUGUCGCGGUAGAGCAGUGGCUAUGUUGAUGGCCCCCGACGCACAAUGGAGCAACUGUACUGGAUAUAGCAAUAUAGUGCAUUUGUUUUCCAGUCGAUACUUGAAGAACUUCAUGACCUGCGUGAGCAGGUUGUUCUCAGACGAGGCAAGAAUCGAUUGGGUUACAAUGAAGAAAUCCAUAUACGAUGACCUCGGGCCUGACCAUUACGACUAUGUACCGGCGGUGUAUGGGAAAUUACUCGAUAGCGACUCUAGUAGUACGUCUGACGAGUUAUAA